CUUCACACCACCACCUCCUUCGACCCUUUCCUCCUCCUCCUCCUCCUCCUGCUCAUCCCGUCCUCUUCCUCUCCCACCCACUGCGUGAGGUGCACGACUUUCACUUUUCAAGACACAUUGGCUCAGAAGCACAGUCAGCAUGAGCGUCAAGACAGUACAGACCAAAGCGUUUGGCGACCAGAAGCCAGGAACAUCAGGGCUGCGGAAGAAGGUCAAGGUGUUUCAGCAAGCUCACUACUCCGAGAACUUCGUCGCUUCGAUCCUGCUGUCCAUCCCGGAGGGUGUUGAAAACUCCUUCCUCGUCGUAGGCGGAGAUGGUCGAUACUGGAAUCCCGAGGUCACACAGCUGAUCGCUAAGAUUGGAGCUGCAUACGGAGUCAAGAAGCUGUUGAUCGGACAGAAUGGCAUCCUCUCCACGCCUGCUGCUUCUCACUUGAUCCGGGUGAAGAAGGCCACCGGUGGUAUCUUGCUCACAGCGUCGCACAACCCAGGUGGUCCCGACGAGGACUUUGGCAUUAAAUACAAUUUGACCAAUGGAGCUCCUGCACCCGAGAGCGUCACCAACAAAAUCUACGAGACAUCCAAGACCCUUAGCGAGUACAAAAUUGCAGACAUCCCCGACAUCGACCUCAGCACUAUUGGCACCAAGACGUAUGGCCCGCUCGAGGUCGAGAUUGUGCACAGCACUGAAGACUACGUGAAGAUGCUCAAAGACAUCUUUGACUUUGACCUGAUCAAGAAGUUCCUCAAGGAACACUCCGACUUCAAGAUCCUAUUCGAUGGCCUCAGCGGCGUGACUGGUAAUUACGGUGUGGACGUAUUUGAGAAAGAGCUUGGACAGAAGGGCAGCACACAAAACUGCGUGCCCAAGCCAGACUUUGGCGGACACCACCCAGAUCCCAACCUCGUAUAUGCAAAGUCGCUGGUCGACCGCGUGGACAAGGAGGGCAUUCACUUUGGAGCGGCAUCGGACGGCGAUGGAGACCGCAACAUGAUUUAUGGAGCGAACUCAUUCGUCUCACCCGGUGACUCGCUCGCCAUCAUUGCGCACUAUGCCGAUCUGAUUCCCUACUUCAAGAAGCAGGGCGUCUACGGUCUCGCCCGAUCCAUGCCCACAUCGGGUGCGGUCGAUCUUGUGGCCAAAAAGAAGGGUCUCCAGAGCUACGAAGUGCCGACAGGAUGGAAGUUCUUCUGCGGUCUCUUCGAUUCCGACAAGAUGAACAUCUGUGGAGAGGAGUCUUUCGGUACCGGCUCCAACCACAUUCGCGAGAAGGAUGGUCUCUGGGCUAUCGUUGCUUGGCUCAACAUCAUUGCUGGUGUGGGCGAGCAGACCGGCAGCACACCUUCGAUCAACAGCAUCCAACACGACUUCUGGAAUAUUUACGGUCGCACAUUCUUCACACGUUACGAUUACGAGGGUGUGGACAGCGAUGGCGCCAACAAAGUGGUUGCACACGUCAAGGAGCUGAUCACCACGCAAAAAGACACAUUCGUCGGCAGCACCAUCUCAGGCCGCAAGGUUAUCGAGGCGGACGACUUCAGCUACACGGACCUCGAUGGCAGCGUGAGCAAGAACCAGGGCAUCUACGUCAAGUUCGACGACGGCAGCCGCAUUGUCGUACGUCUGUCCGGCACUGGCAGCUCUGGCGCCACGAUUCGCCUGUAUGUGGAGAAGCACGAGUCGGACAAGAGCAAGUACAGCUUGGAUGCUCAAGACUAUCUCAAGGAUAACGUCAAGCUGGCGACGGACCUGUUGAAGCUGCAGGAGUAUGUUGGACGUACUGAGCCUGAUGUCAAGACAUGAAGUCUUCACGUCACUUUAUACUACUACUACAUGUACCUACCUACAGGCACCUACAUUAGGUAUCUAUUUACCAACCUUGCCAGCA